AUGGCUACCUACGUCAUCACCGGAGUAUCCAAGGGAAUUGGUUACGAGUUCCUUCGCCAGUUAUCCAAAGAUCCGAGCAGCACCGUCAUUGGAAUAGUCCGAGACAAGCCUACGACCGUCAAGAAAGUGUCGGAAGACUCGGACCUGAAAGGGCGGUCCAACAUACACAUCUUGGAAGCCGACGUGACCAACUACGACGCUCUGAAGAAAGCUGCCGCGGACACCGCCGAGAUUACCGGCGGGAGCAUCGACUACCUCAUUGCCAACGCAGGUUACGUUUCGCAAUUCGAUGGCUACGACGCUAUUGGAGUUUUGGGCAACAAGCCCAAGGAGCUUGAAGAGACCCUGAAGGAGCUCUUCAACGUCAACGUUGUUGGGAACGUUCACCUCUACAACUUAUUCAUGCCUCUUAUCCUCAAAGGCAAGACCAAGAAGGUUAUAGCCAUAUCCAGUGGCAUGGCGGACCUGGACUUUACAAACAACUUCGACCUGGAGGCCGGCUCUCUAUACUCCAUCAGCAAGGCGGGGAUAAACAUGGUAUCGGCCAAGUUUAGUGCUCAAUACAAGAAGGACGGCGUCCUUUUCCUGAGCAUUUGUCCGGGAAUGGUGGAGGUGGGCCACUAUAAUAACAUGACUCCGGAGCAGAUGCAGGGCGCGGGGAAGACGAUGGAGAAGUUUGCUCACUAUGCACCUCAUUUUAAGGGCCCGGCCACCCCAGAAGCCUCUGUUCAAGAUGUGAGGUCGGUUUGGGAAAAGGCUAGCAUCGAAAAUGGAGACGGCGGCACUUACCUCUCGCACUUCGGGAACAAACAAUGGCUUUGAUUUGGAUGGACCAACUUCCCAUAUUUUGGUGUUUACGGAUGAUUGGUAGUUGCAGGCUGAGGGUGCUUCGCCUCGAAUGUGAUCCUCUUGUAAGACCGGU